AUGGCUACCGAAGUACAGCAGGUCAAUGGCGGCCUUGGCCUAGACACCGUUGUGGUGGACAGCAGCCACGUCGUGCCCAACAUCAACGGCGACGUGGUGGUGGUCACCUCCAAUGGCGGCCCUGCCACCGGCAUUGACUCCUCCGCCUCGAGCUCCAUCGGCGACGAGCCGGCGAGCAUCGCCUCCUCCAGCUCAGCACCACCACCGGCAGCAGCCGCGCCCCAGGCCGUUCCCGUCGCCGUCGUCCUGCCCACCUACGACGACAUCUUCCCGGCGCUGCCCGGCGGCCUCGGCGGCGGCGGCGGCGGACCAGGACCGGUGCCCUCCGGCGGCGGCGGACCCUCGAUCGGGGGCAUCAGCGCCGCGGCACGACUCGGCGGCGCCGGCAGCACCGCCACCACCACCCGCUCGGCAGUGGGCCCCGCCCUGCCGAAGAUUCGCUCCAGCAACGUGCAGAAGGCGUACCGCGUGGCGCCCGAGGAGCGUCGCGCCCUGAACCGGAACCGCUUCGGCGAGACCUCGGAGCUGCAGAAGAUCUGCUCGGGCAUCAUGGCCAGCACCGGCACCGACAUUCAGCUGACCACCAGUCGCGACGGGACGCUGAACUUUCUCAUCUCGGGCAAGGAGGACGCCACUACCAAUGCCCGUCGCAUGCUGGCCAGUGAGUUUCAGGCGCAGAUUACGCAGACCUUCAAUGUGCCGAAGGAGCACCACCGCAUUAUUCUGGGGAAGGGCGGCGCGAAGCUGUCCGCCCUGGAGCAGUCCACCGGGACGAGGAUUCAAAUUCCCAAGCAGGACGACGACUCGACGGCGGUGCGCAUCACCGGCACGCGCGACUCCAUUGAGAAGGCCAUCCACGAGAUUCAGCUGAUCAGCAAUGAGGCCUUCUCGCGGCACAUUGAGCGCGUGACGGUGCCCAAAAUCUACCACCCCUUCAUCACCGGGCCCUUCAACCGCCUCCUCGAGGCGAUCAACCGCGAGACGGGCGCCAAGGUGAACGUCCCGCCGGUCAACGUGCAGCGCGACGAGAUCAGCAUCACCGGCGAGCGGAACGCCGUGCUGCGCGCCAAGGAGCGCGUCCUCGCCGUCUUCGAGGAGAAGAAGCGCACCUGCCAGACGGUGUCGAUUGAGGUGAAGAAACCGCAGCACAAGUACAUCGUCGGCCCGAAGGGCAGCACGCUGAAUGAGAUCUUCGAGACGACCGGCGUCAGCGUGGAGAUGCCCAGCUCUGACUCGAGCGCGGAGACGAUCAUCCUCCGCGNGCCCCAGCACAAGUACAUCGUCGGCCCGAAGGGCAGCACGCUGAAUGAGAUCUUCGAGACGACCGGCGUCAGCGUGGAGAUGCCCAGCUCCGACUCGAGCGCGGAGACGAUCAUCCUCCGGGGGGAGCCGGAGAAGCUGGCCAACGCCCUCGCCGUGCUCUACCAGAAGGCCCACUCGGAGACGGAGGUGGAGAUUGAGGUGCCCGGCUGGAUCCAGCGCCACCUGCUCGGCCCGAAGGGCGUCAAGUUUCAGGAGCUCAAUGCGGCGGAGUUUCCCGCCGUCAACGUCAACCUGGGCAUUGACGAGGGCCGCAUUCGCAUGAAUGGCCCGGUGAAGGAGGUGGCCAAGGCGACGGAGGUGCUGAAGGCGCGGGCGGCGGAGAUUGCCGCCCUGCUCGCCAUUGAGGAGAUCAAGAUCAGCGACGCGAAGCACAUUAAGUUCAUUGUCGGCAAGAAUGGCGGCAAUCUGAAGCAGAUUCGCGAGGAGACCAACGCCACCAUUAAUGUGAUUGACGAGGCGUCCAGCGGCGGUGGUG